AUGCAAAGGACUCGUGGUGAUACUCUCGUCUCUGCUACCCUACUGGUGUGUGCACAUCGUAUUCACGAAGCAAUUGAAUUACUGUUAAGUUAUGACAAAGUUGAAGAAGCUUUAAUUCUGGCUCAUUUACGUUUAGAAUCAUCAUCAUCAUCAUCAUCAGAAGUUGUAAUAUACACAGAAAAGUGUAUAAAACGGUUAACCGAUCAUCGUUCAAGUUCAGUUGAAAAGUCAUUCUUUCCAAUUCUAUUGAAUAUUGGAAAUAAACAAUGGAUAAAUGCUACGAAUAUUAUGGUACAUCGUGAAGUAGAAAUUUCUAAAAUACGACGUGGUAAAGAGAUUGAACAACUUGGCUGGUGUUGGAUUGGUAUUAAUCUUCUUCUUCUAAAUGCAUCAUCAUCACCACCUUCAAAUGAUAAUGACUAUUUGUCAAAUGAAUGUCUGUGUUUAUCAUCAAUGUGCUUAACAGUUAGUUUUCGGCUGUUUCUUGAUCGUUGGUAUGAAGCAUUUUCACGCCUUCUUUCGUCAUCAUCAGAAACUACACCCUGUCCGGGUGUAAUAUGCAGUUUAAUGUUAUUAAAUAUCGGUCAGAUUAUAUAUUUCUAUAUGGCUAGUUAUCAGGAAGAGAAAGAGAAGGAAGAGGAGGCGGCGGCGCUGGUGGUGAAUGGUGAAGAAAAAGAGGGGACGGUCGUCUAUGAAUGUCUUAAAAAUGAUUGGAUGAAAAGCAUAACUAGUGAUUGUUUAACAUACUUCAGCCAGUUGAUUGCAGAUCGUCAACCCUCUUCACUAUGGGAAGUUUGUUUAACUCAUUUCUGUAUAGAUUUUCUAUUAUUCUAUUUAAUACACAAUCUAAAACAAGCAAUAAAGGUUAAUAAAGCAGGAUUUAAUGAAUUCAUCAAAUUUCGGUAGAACUCGUCAGCUGAAUACUCUACAUACACGGAUAUAUACUUUUGAAGUUACAUUGGGAGAUAUAGGACUGAAUACUUUACAUACACGGAUAUAUAUAGUUUUGAAAUUACAUUGGGAGAUAUAGGACUGAUAAGUAAAUAAACUACAUUGAAUUAGUCAUGCAGAAAGACAGGUGCGAAUGUUUUUCCAGGUCAUGUGCAAUUAGAUAAGGGGAGAGAGAGUAUGGGAGAUCAAAAUUAAGAUAAAUUGCAUUACGCUUCAAUUACAUCACUUAGGUAAACAAUUAG